AAUUUUAACACAACUAAAAUAGACUUGAUUUUGUAAAAUAUUAAUAUGUCUAAAAUAUAAUUCAUAUAACUUGGUAAGACUUAAGUUUACUUUAUUAACAUGCAUAAACGCAUAAUGUCUUAUUCAUGUGUUAAAUGUUAGUUGAAAGUUAUAUGAAGAAUUAAAAACAUAUAACAUUGCAUACUAAGAGUUUUGUGUUAAUAGUAAUCAGAUGUUCAGAAUGUUUAAAAAUACCAUAUUAUACUACUCAGCUGGGGGUAAUUACAAUUAAUACACUUGGAAACUGAACAGUGAUAUUUUAUACAUUUAACCUACUAGUCUAGUUUGUGCAGUACCUAUAGACAAUAGCAAAUAACAAAUAAUAUAAGAAGUACACAUUAAUACAAUAUUUCAUCCUGAAAUGUAUAGAGUAAGUAGACCCUAUGUUGGUUCAACAUCUCAGUCUUGUUUAUGUUCAUGCUUCAAUAUGCAGUACUUCACAACGUCUUAUGGAAUUUUAAAAAUUAUUCAAAUAAUACUGGGGUCUAUUUGUCAAAGUAUAAUGAUGUUUUAUGGGACAAAGUACAUUCCAACAUUUGGAACAUCAUAUGAAUCAUAUCUUACAACUGUUGCUGGUUGUUUGAUGACAACAACAGUCAUUAGUGUAUCUUAUUUGUUAUCAAAAAAUACCGAAGUACUUGUUAGAUCAUCACUUUUUGAAACAAUUUUUGGAGUUUUUGCAUCAUUUUGUUAUUUGAGUUCUUCGUCAUUAUUAACAAUAGCAGUCUAUACAUUAUUGUAUCCAAUUAUUAUGACUAUGCCAUUCUCAUCCUUAUUUUCAGCAGUAAUAUUGGCUUAUACAUUAGGAUUUAUUCUUGGAGUUAUAUACGGAAUCGAUGCUUAUUGGGCAUUUAAAUAUUACAAAGGAUUUUCAUAAAAAAUAUACUAAGUUUGAUUAAAACUAAAUAAUAUUAAUAAUAAUCAU